GCAGACGAUCCCCUUCCAUACUUGGAAUACCGCGUGCUUUUAGCGCUUGUUCUUUGACAAUUUCUCGUUCAGAGUCUCUCAAAUUGAAAUGUUUGCCCCCGGACAGAUGCCGAUUCUGGUGUUAAGCCAGAACACCAAGCGGGAUUCUGGUCGGAAGGUUCAGUUAGACAAUAUCCGAGCAGCGAAAACUGUCGCGGAUAUCAUCCGAACAUGUCUCGGGCCAAGAGCGAUGCUGAAAAUGUUGAUGAACCCCAUCGGAGGGAUCGUUCUCACCAAUGACGGCAACGCGAUCCUCCGGGACAUCCAAGUUCAACACCCGGCCGCGAAAUCCAUGAUCGAGAUCUCUCGUACUCAGGACGAGGAAGUGGGCGAUGGGACGACUUCCGUUAUUGUCCUCGCCGGUGAACUCUUGGCCAACGCGAUUCCGUUCCUCGAGCAAAACAUGCACCCGACCGUCAUAAUCUCAGCCUACCGGAAGGCUCUGGAAGAAGCGGUCGAGAUCCUUAAAACGAAAGUCGCCACCGAAGUCGACGUGAACAACGUUGGCCAAAUGACCGAUAUCAUCAACUCAUGCAUCGGGACGAAGUUCAUCUCCAAAUGGAGCGGACUUGCCUGCCAAAUGGCUCUUCAGGCUGUCAAAACCGUAUGCAUCGAGCGCCAUGGAACCAAGGACAUCGAUAUCAAGAACUACGCCAAGAUCGAAAAGAUCCCCGGAGGGGCGAUCGAGGAUUCCGAGGUACUCAACGGUGUCAUGCUGAACAAAGAUGUCGUGCAUCCCCGCAUGCGCCGACUCAUCGAAAACCCCCGCAUCGUCCUCCUCGACUGCAAUCUGGAGUACAAGAAAGGGGAAUCUCAGACGAAUAUCGAAAUCUCCAACGAAACCGAUUUCACGAAGAUUCUCGAAAUUGAGGAGAAAUACAUACAACAGGUGUGCGCCGAUAUCAUCUCGGUCAAGCCAGAUCUGGUCAUCACAGAGAAAGGUGUGUCCGACUUGGCCCAGCACUAUCUCAUGCAGGCCAACAUCUCUGUCAUUCGACGAGUCCGAAAAACAGACAACAACCGUAUCGCUCGAGUGUGUGGAGGAACCAUCUGCAACCGCACCGACGAACUGAAGGCUGACGACGUCGGAACAAAAUGCAAGAAGUUCGAGAUUAAGAAGAUUGGAGACGAGUACUUCUGCUUCCUCACCGAGUGCGUCGAUCCUAAAGCCUGCACGAUCGUUCUCCGAGGUGCGAGCAAAGACAUCUUGAACGAGGUCGAGAGAAACCUCCAGGACGCAAUGGCUGUUGCCAGGAAUAUUGCCCUCGAUCCGAAGAUCGUGAACGGGGGUGGCGCGGUCGAAAUGCAGGUCGGCUAUGAACUCAAUCAGAAGGCGAAGGCAAUGACCGGGAUCGACCAAUGGCCAUACCGUUCGGUUGCGAGAUCUCUAGAAAUCAUUCCGGCGACCUUGAUCCAGAACUGCGGUGGAAACACUAUCCGCAUGCUGACGCAGCUCCGUGCCAAGCACGCGAGCGGUGACCACGGCUACGCGAUCAACGGAGAAUCCGGAGAGGUCGUCAAAACCGAGGAUCUCAAAGUUUUCGAACCGCUGGCGGUCAAGGUCCAAGCCUACAAAACUGCCAUCGAAACGGCGAUCCUAUUGUUGAGAAUCGACGAUAUUGUUAGCGGCAGCAAGAAGGCCUCCUCGUUGGAAGAUGGGGCGAGGCAACAAGCCCCCCAGGUCACCGAAGAAUCGACUAAGGAAUGAAAAUGUUCAUAUGGCUUAUUUAUACGCUAAAUAAAACAGCAUUCAGGAUGAG